UGUGGUGGUGAUAGGUUGUGCCUCCCGGGUCCUGAGGCCACAUAGCUUGUGGUGUUGUGAGUGGUGCAUUUUAGCAAGCGUGUCGACUGGAUUGUGGUGCUAGUGAAGCGAUAUAAGUUGUGUCGCUAUAAGUUCAUUCAUUGAACCUUGUGGAAAAGCCUGUGUCUUUUUAUAAUUAUAUUCUACGGUGUUUACUACGGUCUAUUUCUGUCACUUCUUCCCUUUCCUUAUCAUCUGAAAAAAAAUGAAUCAAGUGCAGCAGUACGCACCAUCUUCGCUCCCCUCCCUCCCUCUCUCCCCCACCACGGAUGUCCCCCAAGGGCUACCCCCUCCCCCAAGACUCAAACCAACCUUGGACCUCACGCCGCAGGCAACCACGGCCGUGCGCGGCGGCGCUGACAAAGAUGACGUAGUUCAAGCUGUUCCUAACGCUGCUAUUUUUAAUACAUUGAUAAUAAACAAUAAUAAUAAUAAUGGAGCUUCUACUCCCUCGACACCCACGUCACCCGACGUGCCAGUUAAUCUCGUGAACGCAGGAGGCGGUAGAGCGCAGGGCUCGACCCAGCCUUACCUGCUCGCCAGCCGCUACCUCGUCACGCGCGCCCUAGACUCGGCCACUUCAGAGGCUGUGCAUUUACCUUCACGUACUUCUCUUAUUGUUAAGUGCUUACCAACACGCACAGCCAUGGAGGUGUGUAGUCAACACGCAAUCUUGGGCGAGGCUGAGGGCAUUCGUCCUCCCUUAGAAUUAAUUGAAGGCAAUGAAGGCAGGUCGUGGCUCGUGAUCGCACCACAUUUCGGUGAUCUUCAUUCCUACGUGCGUAGCAGGAAAAGAAUAAGAGAAGUAGAAGCUCAGAGACUCUUCAGUCAAGUUGCCCGCGUAGUAGAACAAUGUCACCGCGCCGGACUGGUGCUACGCGACCUUAAACUACGGAAAUUCGUCUUUACUGAUGCUAACAGACAGACAAUAUCGCUGGAGAGUCUGGAGGACAGCGUAGUGUCAGGCACCGAAGACAUCUUGGAAGACAAGCACGGCUGUCCCGCCUAUGUGGCACCUGAAAUUUUACGUGCGGCCGCCUACUCCGGCCGAGCUGCCGACAUGUGGAGUCUCGGCGUCAUGCUAUUCACCAUGAUUGUGGGCAGGUAUCCCUUUCACGGCUGCGACACGAACGCCCUGUUCCUUAAGAUCCGUUCCGGAGACUUCCUGGUCCCGGAAUGGGUCGGGUCGCGGGCCCGCCAUCUCAUCCACCUUUUGCUCCAAAAAGACCCGACGAUGCGGCCUACAGCCUCCAUGGUUUUGAGUCAUCCAUGGCUGACGAGACCUCCGAGGGACCUCUCCUUGAGGGACGCCAUGGACCACUAUGUCCCUCGUCUGAUGUCCCCUCAGGAGCAGCAGAGCGCUGCUGCUGCUGCAGCGUCUGCAGCGACGGCGGCGCUGCUGGCGAGGACUUACGCUGUCCCCGUGUUUUUAGGCUUAUAAUUAUUGUUGUCCUAAGUGCGUUAAAAUUAUGUGUUUAUUUUAAUCUCAUCUCACUGAGGAUUUGUGGUUUACACUGAAACCGAAUUGAAGGUUUUCCAGUGCAACUAUUUAUCGGAUAUGAUUCUUUUAAUGUAUUUUUUUCAGUUUUGUUGGCAGGUAAAAAGUUUCAAUGGAACAAAAAAUUACAAAUUAUCAAGUAAAAUUUACUGGAUAUUACUUUUCUUAAAAUUCGAAUGUUUAUCAGACUGAAACUCAUUCAAUUUCUCUUUUCGUUAGCGGUGCUGAAUAUUUAAAUAUUUUAGGUGCUUAUCACGAUUCUCCGUCAAAAGCCUAGGCACAUCAAAGCUGGCUUUUAACAAGUCUCUCCUGUGAUUUUUGAUCGAUUUUCAUUAAAUAUUAAUUAUGUCUGGAAUAACAACUGAAAGAAGUAGAGCUUCUCACUCCCUCGCCUCCUUCCUUAUCGUUCCUGCCUCACAAUCCUUAUAAGCAACACGGCAUCUGUGUCGCGACUACUUCCAAUUGAACUCGAUCGACGCUCCGAUCGAUCAUCAUUGUAUGAUUUACGAGAAUUAACCGUCUUAUGAUUGGGAAAGGCUAAGGUAGUUGAUGUUACAACUAGUAUUUGUAUAUCAUAAAGGGAAAAAUAUUCCUAUUUGCAUAACGCUCUCGAACUGCUCUCGUAGUCUAUUUAAUCUCAUCCAAUCAAUUAGCUGUAGUUGUUUUUUGAAGUGGUUUAAUUUAAUAAAUUCCUCAUACCCCCUAUCACCAAUAAGCUCAUGAGAGCUCCGGAGAACCACUGCAUGAACUGCACACGAAACUCGAAAACGAGGCAAAUAUUAACUAUUAAUAAUAAUAAAUUAUUAAUUAUUAAUUAUUAUAU